GCUAAUUACUACCUAUUCUCAGCCUUCCAUUCUCACAUUACAACUAAGCAUUCUGUUUUCCAAUAACAACAACAACAAACAAUUUCACUUGCUGUCAACACCAACAACAACAACAACAACAACAACAACAACAACAACAACCUUCUCUCAUAACAUUAACUCAUUUUCCGAAAAGAAAAAAAAAAAAAAGAAACACUGUUCUACUGUCUAGUUUUUUUGAAUGGAGGUUGAAGCUCACUCUGCCUUUGAUCUUAAACCAAAUCCCAACCCUUCAUUUUCAUUCAACGACAUUCACCCGUCUGAUUUUCGGACCUCCGAAUACUCUGACCCGGCAUUCUCUAUCUCCUUUCUUCAAUCGUCGGACUCACACGCGCCUCAAAGCGCGUCUGCUGAGACUGAAGCUGCUCUUCAUGUGCAGAAGGUUUACCGUGGCUAUCGUACGCGCCGGAGGUUGGCUGAUUCCGCCGUCGUCGCGGAGGAGCUAUGGUGGCAAGCGAUAGAUUUCGUGAGGCUGAAUCACAGCACGAUUUCGUUCUUUAAUUUGCCUGAAACUGCUGCCUCUCGGUGGACUCGAGUCAAACUCAACGCUUCCAAGGUUGGUAAAGGAUUGUCCUUAGACGCCAAAGCACAAAAGUUGGCUUUUCAGCAUUGGAUUGAAGCUAUUGAUCCACGCCAUCGUUAUGGGCACAACUUGCAUUAUUACUAUGAAGAAUGGUGCAAGACUGAUUCUGGUCAGCCAUUCUUUUAUUGGUUGGAUCUGGGAAAUGGAAAAACUCUUGAUCUUGAAAAGUGUUCCCGAUCGAAGCUCCGAAAACAAAGCAUAAAGUAUCUUGGUCCUCAAGAGAGAGAGCACUAUGAAUAUAUCGUCUGCGAGGGACAAAUUAUCCACAAGCAAUCUGGUGAUUUUCUUCAUACGAAAAAUGACUCUGAAGAUGCUAAGUGGAUAUUUGUAAUGAGCACCUCUAAGAAACUUUAUGCUGGCAAGAAAAAGAAAGGGUUAUUCCAUCAUUCUUCCUUUUUGGCUGGUGGAGCUACCUUAGCUGCUGGACGGCUGGAAGCUGACGACGGGAUUCUGAAGUCCAUUUCUGCAUAUAGUGGACACUAUCGACCAACAGAAGAAACACUCGACACCUUCUUAUCAUAUCUCAAGGAAAAUGGUGUCAAUCUUGAUGAAGUUGAGAUACGCAAGCCAAAUGAUGAUGCUGAUAUUUAUGAGGAAGGCAAGCUUGGUGAGAGAGGCUUAACAUCUGAAAUUUCUAUGACUACUACCAUAACUGAGCUUGGAAUUUCUGAAGAAACUGAGAAUGCUCCAUCUCUAGAUAAGGAAGAUCCUCCUCAACUCUCGGUCGGUAUUUAUAACAGGACUCUAUCCGGUGGUCUAUCAGGUGGUCUUCAGAGUCCAAGAGCAGCUGAGGUGCCAAAGAAUUCUAUACUGCAAAGAAUCAAUUCCAAGAAGGGUACAAAGUCCUACCAAUUGGGACAUAGACUUUCGCGGAAAUGGUCAACCGGAUCUGGACCUAGAAUUGGGUGUGUUGCUGAUUACCCUGUUGAGCUUAGACUACAGGCCUUGGAAAUGCUUAACCUGUCUCCAAAACUUCCACCCUCUCCUUUGUCAUACAUGUUCUUUGAUGGUCUUAUUUCGCUUGCAGCGCCUCCAACGCCCAAUGCCGCAUGAAUUUGUGGUUAAUUGAACUACUACUGAUCUUAGGAUUAUGCUUCCAGCUCUUUAUAGUGAUGCUUUUUUAAAUUUUCUUUCUCAAAUGUUGAUGACUUGGUGUUAUCUAAUGCUAUAAGAUCAAAUACUACUUCCCUUCUUAAAUAUAAAUAGAGGACUCUAGAUUAAACCAUGA